CCUACUCUCCCUCCUUCCCCAGCUCCCAGAGACCACCAUGAAUCCACAGGCGGUUUGGGGAUCCCUUUGCCUGCUCUGCUUUUCCAUCACAAGCACAGCAAAAGGAGAUUUGCAGCUGCUCUCUUUCCAGCCCAGGACCCUGUAUCAGUAUCACUACUCCCUGGAUGUCCAGCUGGACCACACACCCACACUGUCGCCGGGGGGAGCCCGGCUGCGGGCUGAGGCCUCGGUCCAGCUGCACCAGCUCUGGAGGGACCAUAAUGGGGAAGAGCUGCUCCAGGUGCAGAUCCGUGACCUGAAAGCCCAACAUGACUCAGAAGAGGAGAGGAGCCAGGACGGCACUGAAGGUCCUGCAGAGAUUGCACUGAGCCAGGAAGCACGGGCAGAGCUCCAGCAGCCAGUGUUCAUCUCCUGGAGCAGUGGGAAGAUCAAAGCCUUCUACGGGGACCAAGGAGAAAGCAUCCUGAUCUCAAACCUGAAGCGAGGCAUCAUCAGUCUGUUCCAGCUCCAGCCACACACUGGCAUCACAGUGGAGGAGGACGUCUCCGGGAGCUGCCAAGUCACAUAUGCCAUGACCAACCACUCCAUCACAAAGACAAAAGAUCUCCUCAGCUGCACAAAGACAAACUCUGGAUUCAGCUCCGUAAACAAAAUUUUUGGAGUUGAGUGGCAACCCACCAGCAGAAGCCAAUACGUGGUGAAAGGCAACCUCCUCCAGUUAGUACUGGCAGAGGAAACUCACAUAGUGUCUCCAGUCCUGAGGUCCACCAACAGCAUCAAAAUCAGUUCAAGGCAGCAGCUCCAGCUAGUGUCUCCUCCCAUGCCUGGCCCAGCAGAGGUAACUGCACAAAGCUUUGAGGAUGUGCUGGCUAGCACAGAAGGACAGCACCAGCCCUUGGGCAUGGCCAGCUUGCCCUUCAGGAGGGUCUGCACCCACUGUCCAUCGCUGAGAGCCUACCUGAAGGUUUUUGACAGCCAGAAAGUCAAAAUAGACACCACAAAAGCAGCGACGACAUGGCAGUUCCAGAGGUUCAUCCAGAUGCUGCGCAGUGCCAAGAAGAGAGAUAUUCUGCAGCUGCUGAAGAGAGCACCCAAGGAGAUGCUCCCCUUCAUCGUGGAGGCAGCAGUGGCCGCACAGUCAGUGGCAUCCUUGGCAGCUGUCUCAGACUUUCUGGAUUUCGACAAAGAGCCCAAGUUCCUGCUGGAAAAGUUUCUCUUUGCAGCAGCUUUCUCUCCCCGGCCUUCAGGAGAGCUUCUCCAACUGGUGUUAGACAAGCUGGAUGGGAAGCAGCUGGCCCCUGAGGUCCAGGAGACAGGAAUAGUUGCUGUGGGCUCUCUGGUAGGCAAGCUGUGCCAGCAGAAGCUGUGUGGGCUGCAGGAGGUAGAUCGUGGGGUGAAAACCAUCCUUGCAGGGCUAAGAGGUGCUGAGGAGGAAGCCAAGGUGGUCGUUUACCUGGUGGCCCUGGGGAAUGCAGCACUCCCAGAAACCAUCCCCAUCCUCCUGGACUAUGCUGAGGAGGGUCCCAGCUCUGUCACCAAUGCAGCCAUCUCUGCCCUGCGGCGAUUCCCUGCUCAGCACAUCUCCAGCAAGGUGAAACUAGCAAUGAGAAGGGUUUUCCACGAGAAGAGGAAGAGCUAUGACAACACUUGUCGCCUGGCAGCUGCAGAAGUUCUCCUUGAUAACGAGCCCUUGCCCAUGGAUGUCAUCAACAUCCUGCUGGCCACCAAUGAGCUAGAGACAGAGAUGUCAACGUUUCUGCUGCUGAAGGUCCAGAACUGCCUGCGUGCUGACCACCACCCAGCAAGGAAGAUAAUGAAUGACGUCAUGAGAGACCCACAGAUAAAUAAUUACAACUUCUUCUCAAGAGCUGGCAUUUCCUCCUCUUUCUCAGGACCUCUGACAGUCACUCAGGACCUGCUUUCCACCUUUGGACUGGACCUGCUGUUUUUGGAGGGUGGACUCCUGAGGAAGAGUGUCUCUGACUUCUCUCUGCUCAGCCACGGUCAGCAACUCCGCGCAGCUCAGGUCACUAUCGAAGCAGAAGGGAUGAAUUCAGUGCUGGGAGGAAGCGCCUUGGAAGGGGAAGAGGAGCCAGAGCUCAUGGCUGGGAUGUCUGCCAUCUUCUUUGAUGUCCAGAUGCGACCAAUCGUCUUCUUCCGAGGAUAUACAGACUUAGUGGCCAAGGUCCUGUUAAGCAGCGGAGAAUCCACAAGUGUGGUCAAAGGGAACCUCCUGCUGAUGGACCAUCACCAGGUCAUUCCUCUGCAGUCUGGCCUCCAAGUGGCCGUCAAACUCCAGGGCGGGCUGGGGCUUGACAUUUCAGCCAACAUGGACCUGAGCAUUUGGGAGCAGGAACUGAAAACCAACAUCAACACCAGGGGAAGCCUCGCCAUUGAUUUCCAGGCAGAACUAGACGCCCCUUUCUUCCAAGCCACUCUGAGAAGCCAGACUGAGGUGAUGACCUCAAUCCACUUUGACACCAUGCUGAGGUUUUCAGACAACCCGGUGCUCAUGUGCCUGCAGCUGAGAGAGGAGCAGGUCCCAUACAGAGAAAUCUUCACAGUUUCCAAGUCUGCUGGGAGCCAGAGCAGCACCUCUCGCAAAGGCAGGCAGGGCACCGUGCCUGGACGGGAGUUUGCCUUGCACCAGGCCAACUCCAAGAUCUGCAAUCUCCUGCUGACAGCAGAAUAGGGGGGUUGGAGCACUUUGGGACUGGGUAACUGCACCCUCUCCUGCCACACACCACAGUUCUCUGUGAACCCAACUUGAACUGUCAAGAAAAAUGCUGCAAGAAGGGCAUCAGAAGAGACAAGAGGCAUUGCUGCAGUUCAGCCAGAGGCACUCCUUGCUUGGGGCUGGAGGAGCCAAACCUGCCCUUCUC